UAGCCAUAAACACUAGUCCUAAUGUAUCCCCCACUUUGUAACAAGCCUCAGUGCUGAAAGACACGUCGCACAUGGGGUAGAGGUGAGGAAUGCGUGGUAUCCGGUGUUCUUUCCUCGCUGACAUGCAACGUUGGCAGUUUUUGGCUGAAGGGGAGCAGGUUGGAAUCUGGUGGCAUGCCAAACAUUCCUAGGAAGUAAGGAACACAAACUUUCAUCCAGGGCCUAGAGGUAAACCCAGCUCCCAGGCAAGUCAGGAGGGUGGAAGUUUUCUUGUAAAAAAGGAUGUCAUACGUCCAGUCUGUGAGAGAGUUUGUGCAGAAGCCUGUCGGCCAUUGGUGGAAGGGGAAGAGGAAGAUAAUACUGAUGUCCUGGUGGUCAAAGACAACACAGAAGAAACUGACAUCAACACAGUUCAGUGUGAGACAAAAGACACGCAAUACUACAGAUACCAGUACCAUGUCCUGUACAGUACCAGCUAUAGUGUACCUGUGCUGUACUUUAUAGCAUCCAGAACAGAUGGUAGUUUGGCAUCCCUGGAUGAGGUGUGGUCCAGUGUGCCUGCUGGCUUCCAGUCCAGACUUCAAGAUGACAGAUGGACCUUCCUUACCCAACAGGAGCAUCCCGUGUUAGGCUGUCCCAUGUUCCAGCUACACCCCUGCCACACUGCCACCAUGAUGCAACCGCUCAUGCAGGAAACACAGGACAGGGAAAGAGGGAGUUUGAACUACCUGGUGAGCUGGCUGAGUACAGUAGGACCAGUGGUGGGACUCAGCCUUCCUCUCAGCUAUGCACAGAUCGGCCAUGUGACAUGACAGGAUACAACAUGAAAGUCUUGGCACAGUACACUACUGCAUCAUACUGUUGUGCUUGGAACAAAAUAUUCUCUUAAAUGUUUCAUAACUUGAUAUAUUGUAUAUAAGUGUUAUGUUUUCAUGGACUGUUUGGCAAUUGAGCUUUUAAGACAGAUUUCUUGGUGUGAAUAACUGCAAUCAGGACAGAAAACUGUAACAGGAAAAUUGUUCCUUACAAUUUGAACAGUGCAAACAUCAUUAAAUGUUACAGAAUUUUGGAUUAAUAAAUACAUGUAUGCUGCUGG